GCGACACUCCUGUGUGAUGUUGGACUGUGUGAUGUUGGACUGUAGUGGACUCUGUGAUCUAGAUCUAAUUGUUCACCGCUAUAAUAUAAUCAAAUCUCUGCUCGCUGUUAUAGUAGGUAGUACUUUCCCUGUUGUCUUGCUUUUAGCUUUCUGUGUGACGUGUCUUGUUCUUGUGGACGUGUCUAGUUCUUGUGUGUUUUGUAUUAUACUUGUUGCUUUGAAAUUGUCGGUGGCUUAAAAUAUGGACGCUAUAAAAGAGCGAUUGAUGAAUUUGACUGAUAAAGAUAAACAGAAGCUGGGGCUUAUAAGUGCCCUAGUCCUGACAAUCGUCUGGCUGGCUGUCGGUAUUGGCUCGAGUCUUGUUUGCAGUGUUAUAUGCUUCGUCUACCCCGCUUACAAGUCGUUCAAAGCUGUAGAGUCCCCCCAAGGAGAUGAUGAUACUCAAUGGCUAACCUACUGGAUUGUGUACAGCACUUUUAACAUCCUGGAAUACUUCGCAGACAUCAUCUUCUUCUGGAUCCCCAUGUUCCAACUCCUCAAGUGCCUGUUCCUGCUGUGGUGCAUGUGGCCUAUCCCCAACAACGGAGCCACUGUCGUCUACAAGAAAAUCCUGAGACCUUUCUUGCUCAAGAAUGAAGAGAAGAUUGAUGCUAGAUUGGAAAAGGUCACUGGAAAAGUCAACAAAUACGUUGAUGAUGCUAAACGUGAAGCCUCUGAGUUCGCUGAUUCCUCCGCUGGAGUGAUGCUGGCUGCAGGAGCUCAGGUCGCCACAGAAACCGCCUCACAGCAACUUGAUGACGCUUUGAACGAAGACGCAGACAAAGACAAGGAAAUCUAAACCUAACAUUCACAAUUGCAUGAUUUUAGACGACAGCGGGAUGUUUCAGUUUUUCUAAAAGUUGAGAAUGUAAUCUAAUGUUUUAAUUUAUACUGGUUCAGACAGCGCUCGGAAUCCUGGAAUUGUGCUUAACCUUAUUUAUUGUUCAGUUUUCAAUUUAAUGCGGUCUUCAAACCGAUUCUUUCUUUAGUAGUAAUCAUAAUGAAUUUGUUCAUAAUUAUUAAUAUUCAUUUUUAGCUCGCCUAAAGAGGUUCAUACUGAAUAAUUGUAGUGAGCAGUACCUAACAAUUGUGUGACGAAUAUUUGUUUCAACAACUUGUAAAUUGUCUUAAAUUUCAAAUUUUCUAUGGAAUAAAAAUUAACGUUAUAUUCACAAACUAUAGCUGGUAAUUUUAAUGUGCAAUUUAUUCAUGAUUUUAUUUGUGUGUUGCUUGGUUUUUGUGAGCUGUAGAACAAUAUAGAUUUGUGUAAAAUCAUA